AUGUAUUCAACACAGCCGGGGGAAAUACGGGUGCUGAAGGUGCUCCAGCACACCCUGCUGGUGAGAUGGUAAAAUUGAAAUAAUUUGUGUUGCAAUAAAAAACUAUUAAACUAUUUUCUGUUGCAUUAUUGAUAUACAUGAACAUUGGAUAUUUAUACAUGGGCACAUUAUGCAUGGAGAGCUCUCAGCUCUGUUUUACUCAUAAUAUGCUCUUAUCUAUUCAGUUGUGGGGGUUUGGAGUCGGACAUGCUCUGCUGUAUACAGUUUAGCUUGAGUUAAAUCGGGUCUCUCUCUCUCCCUCUCUGUCCCUCUCCCCUCUUCUCUUCUUGCCCCUUGUGGUGGAUGUCAAGUGAUUUGGAGCAGUGCUCGCAAUAGUUUUCCACUAUUUUCUCUUUGUUUGCAAUUCUAAACUUGUCGAAAAGGGAAUGGGAGCUAUAUCAAAUAAUGAACAUGACAUUCUCUCGCCCUCGUCUCGCAGGCCUGUCCCUGCCCAUGUCAAACACGUAGGUGUAGGCCCAUUGGCCUUGCAACAUUAUAUCAACUAGCCUCAGAGUUUCCCGCGCCAGUGAGCUCCAGACAGACACAGCUAUUUUUGCAAAGGGAAAUGUCUUCAGGUGUUUUAUGAAAUUUCCACUGAAUGUAUGGGAUCCUCAGAUCAUGACAUUUUGGCCUGGUGAUUAUCGAACGGGGGAGUGUUGGAAAGAUUUUCAAAUACUAUGAGGAACUAUUAUCAUUCACAAUGGAUUUUAAAAAAUGACUUAGUUGACUUACUGUGUGAGGCAAGAAAAAAAUGACUGAGAAGCUCAUCUUAUUAGUGGUGGUGAAUUAAGACAAUCAGAAAUCAGACAUACAUCCCCAAAUGGGCACUUUCCUACAUUUGCGCGCAGAAGGCAGUUAGCCUACUUGUAUACGUGCUCAGGCGCCCGUUCUCCGUCAACAUUAAGAGGCCAACAGUAACCAGACAUGUUCAUUGCACAUUGUUCACAUGGAGCGCUCCAAACAAAAUACAAUGAAAAAAUGGACAAAACUCGUAAAUGGUGGUAUGAAAUAAACCCAAACUUGUUUCUCACAAGUGUAUCAGGUUGUGAACCCUGCAAACAAUGUUUCCACUCCUAGAAUGCGAACGGUAAAUGACUGUAGGCCUAACACAUGCAUUAAAAUAAAUUAACGUAACCAAAUGAUGGGGAUUAACGGUAAAUGUACUACUAUUGACAUAUGUAGUGGGGAAUUUAUAAAAAUAAACAAUCAAAGGGCAAACAAUUAACACAAUAAAACAAUGAAUGCACAAGAAUUGGAGGGAGACAGCUCAGCGCAUUCUAGAGAGCUGAGUGCAUUCUGGAGACAGACAGCCAAUAGCCUAUCUUCGCCACACACCCGUCCCCUUCUUCUUGUCUCAACAUCGCAAAAUACUCAAGAAACAUUAUCUUCACACAUAUUUAAGAUGCAUUUCUAUUCACUGACAGCCGCUUCUCAAUAAUCAGUUAGGCCUAUUGCCAAGUGUGCUGCCCAAAUUGCGGGCUUCCCACCUAGAAAUAUAGGCCUACAUGAUUGUUAUUUGAAACAAUCCACAGCUUGAAAAGAAGGCAAUGAUCCUCUGUGGCUAACUAAGUAAUGCUCUCUGGUGAUGUAUUUUGAAUGAUUUUAUUUAUUUCUGUAUAGACAGGAGUAGGCUAAUAAUAUAAUUUUGGCAAAUGUAUUUAUAUUUACCUUAGACUGCAGUGACUAGGCUACUGUUACAGAAUAAAAUAAAAUCACAUUUAAUUUGUCACAUGCACAGAAUACAACAGGUGUAGACCGUGAAAUGCUUGGGAAGACUACAGUGUUCUAUUCACAUAACUAGAAUGAGUAGAACAUGCACCCCCUUCUACAGAUUCUAUUUAUAUUGUUCUAUCCUGGAUGUGGGCUGUUGAUAAUAAGGGACAGUGGGCCAUAGAGACUGGAGAGACACGAACAGUCAAUUCGUUUUAAGAUGUCUCACUUUACAGGAGAGGUAGAGACCCAUUCUCUCCUCAGGUUUCUAUGAUUGUGUAUGUUUGGAUUAAGUCCUAUUGAUGUUGCAAAUAUUGGGUAGAUCAUUUGCUCCAUAAACCCCCAUAAACCUGUGUGUGGGGCUUGUUGUGAUGCUAAAUUGUUGCAUAAAUUAAACAGGUCUAAGAAUUGCUUUGGUUAUUGUUGAUGUUGAAUUUCAUUUGCCUUUUUGCCCAAAAUGUAAUUUAAGGUGCUCCAAAGCUUUUUACUAUCAUUUACAUUUUAGCAGACGCGCUUAUCCAGAGCGACUUACAGUUAGUGAAUACAUCUUUUAUUUUUUUAAUUUUUUUUUAUACUGGCCCCCCGUGGGAAUCAAACCCACAACCCUGGCGUUGCAAACGCCAUGCUCUAUCAACUGAGCUACAUCCCUGCCGGCCAUUCCCUCCCCUACCCUGGGCCAAUUGUGCGCCGCCCAUGAGUCUCCCGGUCGCGGCCGGCUGCGACAGAGCCUGGAUUCGAACCAGGAUCUCUAGUGGCACAGUUAACACUUUGAUGCAGUGCCUUAGACCACUGCGCCACUCAGGAGACUCUUUAUGUCAUUUAUCUUUGUUUCAUAGUGUAGUUUCUUCUCCUUUUUAUUCAGUUUAGUCACAUGAUUUCUCAACUUGCAGUAUGUUUGCCAAUCGGUUGUGCAGCCAGACUUAUUUGCCAUUCCUUUUGCCUCAUCCCUUUGUCAUUAUGGAGUAUUGUGUGUAGAUUGAUGAGGAAAGAUAACAAUUUAAUCCAUUUUAGAAUAAGGCUGUAACGUAACAAAAUGUGGAAAAAGUAAAGUGGUCUGAAUCCUUCCCGAAUGCACGGUAUAUUGAUCACAUAACCAUUACACGUUCACGUUGCAUGCCUGGAGUUAGAUCAGAGAUGGAAGAGGAAGCGAGACAUCUCACUGGCUCAGAGAGGAAGAGGAAGGGCCCAACUCUGCGGAAAAUCUGUCUCCCUCCAGCAGGAGGCGUUUUUUCAUUGUUUCACCCACCAAGAAAUGAGUUUUUGUAUGGAGGUCAAUGAGAAUGUCGAAUUUGGUCAACAAAAAAACGAAUGGCUUAUUUUUUUAUUUGCAAUGUGAGGUUUAUUUAAUCGAAUGUAAGUUUCUCAAUGCUUAAGUUGUUACGAGUGUACUGAUAUAAGCACUUUGAGAAAAAACACUUUAUAUCAGUUGUCUCGAGAUGGCUAUGCAUGUUCAUGUUAUGAGGCUAGUAGCAUAGCCUCGUUCUCCAUUGAAUAUAGGCGGUUGAUGUCAACAACCCUCAUCGAAUAUUCAAAAAAGCAUUACAAUAAUGAGAUGUAUCCACCAAUCCAAAGAAAGGAUAGGUGGGAGCUAGACAGCCCACCAUAUUGCUUUGUGGACAGUGACUCCCAUUGUAAGGGUGGAGAGACAUGUAUCUUGUCAGUAUAUCCAUAAUCUUUGUUCAUAUACAGUCAAUGAACUAAGUAAACCAGAUCCAGCUUCUAUCACAUUUGUGUAUUUUUGUUCAAUUGUAAACAGCCUGAGUAAUCUUUAUUGACCCACCAUCUUUGGCUAGAUGGCGACGGUGUCCUGCUGUCAAAGCAAGUAGCUUGUGCAGUGGUGGAGACAGCUGUGUCUGUGAUCAUGGUCCUGAUCCGCCUAGAAUGGGCCAAGGCAUGGAUUCAGAGUGCGUGCAUGGGGGUGGUCUUUGCACUCUUUCAGCUCCUCGCUCCCUAGGCGGUCCGGUGGAUCCGCCAAACUUCCACCGGUCACCAACUCUCUUCUGAUGUUGUCUGCGAUGCAGCUUGUGCAAAGGAUUCGUCAGAGAGGUCCAUAGGCUACCUCAUACCUAGUUUUACGGAAUGUCUAUUUGUGAGUCCACUCUUGUAACGGCACCGGUGUGGCACAGCCAUGGUUCUGCGAGGGCUUGGUAGUCGGUUGUCGGAAAAGAGUGUGAAGAUCUCAAUUCCAUACUCCUCCCUCCUCAUCUCAUUCUCAAAACCCAUUGGAUGAGAAAGCCAGGGGUCCCUCCCCUCUGAUCUUCUCCUCUAAUGGGUUUUGAGAAGGAGACGAGGAGAGAGGACGCGAGGACAGUGCAUUGCUGCAUGAUAGGUUACUGCGUUGCUCUCUGGGAGCAGUAGUUUAGACCAGCGUUUCCCAAAAGUAGUCCUGGGGCCCCCCCUGGGUGCACGUUGAGAUUUUUGUCCUGACUCAAAUAACCAACUCAUCAUCAAGCUUUGAUUAUUUGAGUCCACUGUGUAGUGCUAGGGCAAAAAACCAAAACGGGCACCCAGGACCCAGUUUGGGAAACCCUGGUUUAGACCGGCUGCACCUGUCCAUUAUAUACAGAGCCUGUGCUGUGCUCUCAUUGUGAAACUGCCUGCUUGACUUUUUGCAGUGAGUAAAACAUCCAUAGUCUGCCAGUCUAGGCCUAAUAGCCUACUGAGCACCAUAGCAGUUAUUAGAUAGAUACCAACAUUUGUUUCAGUAGCCUACAGCACACAGGAGGUGGGCGGCACCUUCAUUGGAGAGGACGGGCUUGUGGUAAUGGCUGGAGCGGAAUUAUUAUUACUAUUGUUAUGACUGAGUAGGAUCAGAGUUACUACUAUUUUUAUGACUGAGUGGAAUCAGAGUUACUACUAUUGUUAUGACUUAGUGGGAUCAGAGGUUCUACUAUUGUUAUGACUGAGUGGGAUCAGAGGUUCUACUAUUGUUAUGACUGAGUGGGAUCAGAGUUACUUCUAUUUUUAUGACUGAGUGGGAUCAGAGUUACCUCUAUUUUUAUGACGCAGUGGGAUCAGAGUUACUUCUAUUGUUAUGACUGAGUGGGAUCAGAGGUUCUACUAUUGUUAUGACUGAGUGGGAUCAGAGUUACUUCUAUUUUUAUGACUGAGUGGGAUCAGAGUUACUUCUAUUUUUAUGACUGAGUGGGAUCAGAGUUACUUCUAUUUUUAUAACUGAGUGGGAUCAGAGGUUCUACUAUUGUUAUGACUGAGUGGGAUCAGAGUUACUUCUAUUAUUAUGACUGAUGGAGGAACCAGGGAGUCCGGUGUGGCCAAUAUGGGAGCAGGCCACUUCCUUCCUUCCCUCUAUCCCUCCCUCCCUCCAUCCCAAUGGGUAAUCAACAUCCUAGUACUGCUUGUGACCCAGUGCCCUCUGGGGCUGAGUGUAGAGUGUCUACCCCUGGGGGUGCAGGUGGUGUCUGGGAAGCUCCAGCACCGCCUGUCCCUGGCCACAGGCCUCUACCUGGAGAAGACCUUCAGAGGGUGGAGAGACCCUGGAGUCGCCUGACCCGGGCCCAUAUUCAUUAAGCAACAUUCAGAGUAGCAGUGCUGAUGUAGGAUCAGGUCCCCCCUGACCAUUACCUAUUAUUGAUCAUGGUCUAAAAGGUAAAACUGAUCCUAGUUCAGCUCAACUCUGAGACACUACGAGGCCUGACCUGAAGAAGCCGCUGGCUCUGAGGGAAGGAGGAGGUAGAGGUUGCCCGUAGCCAUUUUUAAUGGGGUAGGAUAAUCUGAUCCUAGAUCUGUGGUUAAGGGCAGGGAGUAGGAAGAAUUUGUCCCUAACCGUUGAUACAGGGAUGUGUGUUAAGGGCAAAUUCUACCUCAAGCCAUGCACUCAAAAUCUCCCUCUCUCACACACACACAAUUCAGCACGUAUCCUAAUGGAAAUGUAUGGUUGAAACACCUUUCACUGAGUGGAAAUGUAUGGUUCAAACACCUUUCACUGAGUGGAAAUGUAUGGUUCAAACACCUUUCACUGAAUGGAAAUCUAUGGUUCAAACACCUUUCACUGAAUGGAAAUGUCUGUUUAAACACCUUUCACAGAAUAGAAAUGUAUGGUUCAACACCUUUCACUGAAUGGAAAUGUAUGGUUCAAACACCUUUCACUGAAUGGAAAUCUAUGGUUCAAACACCUUUAACUGAAUGGAAAUGUAUUGUUUAAACACCUUUCACUGAAUAGAAAUGUAUGGUUCAAACACCUUUCACUGAAUGGAAAUCUAUGGUUCAAACACCUUUCACUGAAUGGAAAUGUAUUGUUUAAACACCUUUCACUGAAUAGAAAUGUAUGGUUCAACACCUUUCACUGAAUGGAAAUGUAUUGUUUAAACACCUUUCACUGAAUAGAAAUGUAUGGUUCAACACCUUCACUGAAUGGAAAUAUAUGGUUCAAACACCUUUCACUGAAUGGAAAUGUAUGGUUCAAACACCUUUCACUGAAUAGAAAUGUAUGGUUCAACACCUUUCACUGAAUAGAAAUGUAUGGUUCAAACAUCUUAGCUUGACUUGGACUCCAGCAAAUCCUUAUUUUAUAAUAUCCACCACAAUUUGGCACCCCGGACGGGACUGACGUAUCGUUGACCUGCGGCUCCGAGGCUAAACUGCCCGCAGAGGCUCACUGCGCUGUGAGUCUAGGGUAAAUUCCUCCUCGUCAAAUGAGGGAACGGAGAGACCCGCAUGACGUCCACGGGAGUUGAGGGUCAGCGAUCGCUCAGUCAAUAUUUUACUAAGCUGGUGAGUAAUCCUUCGAAGAUUCUUUAUGAAUGAAAUCACUUUACGCUAAGUGAUAGAGAAAAUUAUCAUUGAAAUAAGAGGAAUUGUGCAUUCCUAAAUCGCUUUGCGCUAAGUGAUCGAGAGCAUGCUCUACCACAUAGUGCGAUGCGGGUGGACCGGUUAGGACGUCAUGUUGGACUAUAAUAUCAGGUUAGGGAUAGACUUCUUAACCAGUGGACAGGUUAAACUAGAAUAUCAGGUUAUUGUGACAAUGGCGCCGGAGGAGAUGGCUGCCCCCUAACCAAUUGUGCUAUUAUGUGUGUUUUUUCACGUUAUUUUGUAACUUAUUCUGUACAUAAUGUUUCUGCCACCGUCUCUUAUGACUGAAAACUCGAACAGCGCCGGAAGAAGAUGGCUGCCGUUUUACAGCCCUCUAACCAAUUGUACUACUAUGUGUGUUUUUCCGCGUUAUUUGUAAUUUAUUUUGUACAUAAUGUUUCUGCCAUCGUCUCUUAUAACCAAAGAGAGCUUCUGGAUAUCAGGACAGCGAUUACUCACCUCGCGUUGGACGAAGACUUUUUCUUCAACGAGGCGUUCGCGAAGGAUAUUCUACAGACUCCCGACAAGGCCCAGAUCCCCGUCAUUCGCGUGAGGAAGAGACGGAGAUAUCGUGGACGCAGAUCCGGGUGCCUUGUAAGGAUCCGACGGCGAACGAGUAAACUGCCUCUCCCAUCAAUCCUAUUAGCCAAUGUUCAAUCUUUUGAGAAUAAAAUUGACGAUUUAAGAUUACGGUUAUCCUACCAACGGGACAUUAAAAACUGUAAUAUCUUAUGUUUCACAGAGUCGUGGCUGAACGACAACAAUGACAACAUUCAGCUAGCAGGCUAUACGCUACAUCGGCAGGACAGAACGGCAAACUCCGGUAAGACGAGGGGUGGCGGUCUCUGUAUAUUUGUGAACAACAGCUGGUGCACAAAAUCAAAUACUAAGGAAGUCUCAAGGUUUUGCUCGCCUGAGGUAGAGUAUCUUAUGAUAAGCUGUAGACCACACUAUUUACCAAGAGAGUUUUCAUCUAUAUUUUUCAUAGCUGUCUAUUUACCACCACAAACCAAUGCUGGCAUUAAGAUUGCACUGAAUGAGUUGUACAAGGCCAUUAAUCAACAGGAAAACGCUCAUCCAGAUGCAGCGCUCCUAGUAGCCGGGGACUUUAAUGCAGGGAAACUUAAAUCCGUUCUACCUCAUUUCUACCAGCAUGUUAAAUGUGCAACCAGAGGGGAAAAAACUCUAGACCACCUUUACUCCACACACAGAGACGCAUACAAAGCUCUCCCUCGCCCUCCAUUUGGCAAAUCUGACCAUAACUCUAUCCUCCUGAUUCCUGCUUAUAAGCAAAAACUGAAGCAGGAAGCACCAGUGAUUCGGCUAAUAAAAAAGAGGUCAGAUGACGCAGAUGCUAAGCUACAGGACUGUUUUGCUAGCACAGACUGGAACAUGUUCCGGGAUUCUUCAGACAGCAUUGAGGAGUACACCACAUCAGUCACUGGCUUCAUCAAUAAGUGCAUCGAUGAUGUCGUCCCCACAGUGACCGUACGUACAUACCCCAACCAGAAGCCAUGGAUUACAGGAAACAUCCGCACUGAGCUAAAGGGUAGAGCUGCCGCUUUCAAGGAACGGGACUCUAACCCGGACGCUUAUAAGAAAUCCCGCUAUGACCUCCGACGAACCAUCAAACAGGCAAAGAGUCAAUACAGGUCUAAGAUUGAAUCAUACUACACUGGCUCUGACGCUCGUCGGAUGUGGCAGGGCUUGAAAACUAUUACAGACUACAAAGGGAAGCACAGCCGCGAGCUGCCCAGUGACACAAGCCUACCAGACGAGCUAAACCACUUCUAUGCUCGCUUUGAGGCAAGCAACACUGAAGCAUGCAUGAGAGCACCAGCUGUUCCGUACGACUAUGUGAUCACGCUCUCCGUAGCCGAUGUGAGUAAGACUUUUAAGCAGGUCAACAUUCACAAGGCCGCAGGGCCAGACGGAUUACCAGGACGUGUACUCCGAGCAUGUGCUGACCAACUGGCAAGUGUCUUCACUGACAUUUUCAACAUGUCCCUGACUGAGUCUGUAAUACCAACAUGUUUCAAGCAGACCACCAUAGUCCCCGUGCCCAAGAACUCUAAGAUAACCUGCCUAAAUGACUACCGACCCGUAGCACUGACGUCUGUAGCCAUGAAGUGCUUUGAAAGACUGGUCAUGGCUCACAUCAACAGCAUAAUCCCAGAAACCCUAGACCCACUCCAAUUUGCAUACCGCCCCAACAGAUCCACAGAUGAUGCAAUCUCUAUCGCACUCCACACUGCCCUUUCCCACCUGGACAACAGGAACACCUACGUGAGAAUGCUAUUCAUUGACUACAGCUCAGCAUUCAACACCAUAGUGCCCUCUAAGCUCAUCACCAAGCUAAGGAUCCUGGGACUAAACACCUCCCUCUGCAACUGGAUCCUGGACUUCCUGACGGGCCGCCCCCAGGUGGUAAGGGUAGGUAACAACACGUCUGCCACACUGAUCCUCAACACGGGGGCCCCUCAGGGGUGCGUGCUCAGUCCCCUCCUGUACUCUCUGUUCACCCAUGACUGCAUGGCCAGGCACGACUCCAACACCAUCAUUAAGUUUGCCGACGACACAACAGUGGUAGGCCUGAUCACCGACAACGAUGAGACAGCCUAUAGGGAGGAGGUCAGAGAUCUGGCCGUGUGGUGCCAGGACAACAACCUCUCCCUCAACGUGACCAAGACAAAGGAGAUGAUUGUGGACUACAGGAAAAAAAAGAGGACUGAGCACGCCCCCAUUCUCAUCGACGGGGCUGUAGUGGAACAGGUUGAGAGCUUCAAGUUCCUUGGUGUCCACAUCCCCAACAAACUAUCAUGGUCCAAACACACCAAGACAGUCGUGAAGAGGGCACGACAAAGCCUAUUCCCCCUCAGGAGACUAAAAAGAUUUGGCAUGGGUCCUCAGAUCCUCAAAAAAUUCUACAGCUGCACCAUCGAGAGCAUCCUGACUGGUUGCAUCACCGCCUGGUAUGGCAACUGCUUGGCCUCUGACCGCAAGGCACUACAGAGGGUAGUGCGUACGGCCCAGUACAUCACUGGGGCAAAGCUCCCUGCCAUCCAGGACCUCUAUACCAGGCGGUGUCAGAGGAAGGCCCUCAAAAUUGUCAAAGACUCCAGCCACCCUAGUCAUAGACUGUUCUCUCUGCUACCGCACGGCAAGCGGUACCGGAGUGCCAAGUCUAGGUCCAAAAGACUUCUCAACAGCUUCUACCCCCAAGCCAUAAGACUCCUGAACAGCUAAUCAUGGCUACCCGGACUAUUUGCACUGCCCCCCCACCCCAUCCUUUUUACGCUGCUGCUACUCUGUUAAGUAUUUAUGCAUAGUCACUUUAACUCUACCCACAUGUACAUAUUACCUCAACUACCUCAACUAGCCGGUGCCCCCGCACAUUGACAAUGCAACGGUACCCCCCUGUAUAUAUAGCCUCCCUACUGUCACUUUAUUUUACUGUAUAUAUAGCCUCCCUACUGUCACUUUAUUUUACUUCUGCUCUUUUUUUCUCAACACUUUUUUGUUGUGGUUUUAUUCUUACUUUUUUGUUUAAAAUAAAUGCACUGUUGGUUAAGUGCUGUAAGUAAGCAUUUCACUGUAAUGUCUGCACCUGUUGUAUUCGGCGCAUGUGACCAAUAGAAUUUGAUUUGAUUUGAUUUGAUUUGAAAAGAGCUUCUGAACAUCAGGACAGCGAUUAAUCACCUCGUACUGGGAGAAUAUUUUGUCUUUAAAUAGUUGGGGUCAAGCUUCCUGCCAUCCAGGACCUCUAUACCAGGCGGUGUCAGAGGAAGGCCCUAAAAGUGGUCAAAGACUCCAGCCACCCUAGUCAUAGACCGUUCUCUCUGCUACCGCAUGGCAAGCAGUACCGGAGCGCCAAGUCUAGGUCCAAAAGGCUUCUUAACAGCUUCUACCCCCAAGUGAUAAGACUCCUGAACAGCUAAUCAAAUGGCUACCCGGACUAUUUGCAUUGUCCCACCCCCUGUAUAUAGCCUCGCCACUGUUAUUUUACUGCUGCUCUUUAAUUAUUUGUUAUUUUUAUUCAUCAAUUUUUUACUUAACACUUAUUUUUCUUAAAACUGCAUUGUUGGUUAAGAGCUUGUAAGUAAGCAUUUCACUGUAAGGUCUUCACCUGUUGUAUUCGGUGCAUGUGACAAAUACAAUUUGAUUUGAUCUGAUUUGAUAGACUUAUUAACCAGUUUCUCAUACAGUUGAAACUAAGUAUCAUAGCAAAACUGUAUGUAUGUUACCAAGUUGGAGUAGCUCUCCAUCGUUACAAUGACAAAUGAGGCAAUAGUUUAGCAGCCAUGCAAUUACAUGGUUUAGGUUGUAGGAACUGAUCACUCCUCUAUUUUAUGUGUGUGUGUGAGUGUGAGUGAGAUAGGAACUCAAGAUGGGAUCAUCCUCGAGCAAAAAGUGUUCUUCAGCCACCACAUGCUACACAGGGCCGUUGAAGGUGAUGGCAGAGGACGUGUCACAAUGGCACAACUUAACGAAUGGAGAUUUUCCCGAAGAAGGUACCCUCAGUGUCGUUAAGUUGAAAUUAGCCAGAGAACAGUUGGAGAAAGUAGGGAAAGGCAAGAAAAAUUAUAUAGGCUGGGAUAAUUUUUGAAAGUGGGAAGUUGAAACAGAGACAAGGACAGAGAGAGAGAAUGGUACAGAGGAAAUGAUGAAAGCUGAAUAAAAGAAAGUCAAAGCAAGUAGGAACAGACAUAAAGAUGAACUGUAUCCACAUUAUCCACCUCCCUACACUCCCCCACCUCAACAACAGCUACCACUUCCACAACAAGGACCCCCAGCAGCAGGGGGGGCUGUGGGGGCAGACAGCGGAUAAUCUGAAGAAGACGAAGAAGAAAAAGACAAGCCUCUGACCACCAGAGUAGAAUACCAACACCUCUGACCACCACACACACUGAGUUCCAGAGUAGAAUACCAACACCUCUGACCACCACACACACUGAGUUCCAGAGUAGACUACCAACACCUCCUGACCACCACACACACUGAGUUCCAGAGUAAAAUACCAACACCUCUGACCACCACACACACUGAGUUCCAGAGUAGAAUACCAACACCUCUGACCACCACACACACUGAGUUCCAGAGUAGAAUACCAACACCUCUGACCACCACACACACUGAGUUCCAGAGUAGAAUACCAACACCUCUGACCACCACACACACUGAGUUCCAGAGUAGAAUACCAACACCUCUGACCACCACACACACUGAGUUCCAGAGUAGACUACCAACACCUCUGACCACCACACACACUGAGUUCCAGAGUAGAAUACCAACACCUCUGACCACCACAAACACUGAGUUCCAGAGUAGAAUACCAACACCUCUGACCACCACACACACUGAGUUCCAGAGUAGAAUACCAACACCUCUGACUACCACACACACUGAGUUCCAGAGUAGAAUACCAACACCUCUGACCACCACACACACUGAGUUCCAGAGUAGAAUACCGACACCUCAGAGCUGCCCCCGCCAAGACCCUAAACCUCCCAAACGACUGGUCACCGAAAUGACCUGUGGACUUUAUCCAGACUUACCACCCCCUCUCACUCCUGUUUCCACACCACCCUUACCAAACCUCUUUCAGUCCAACUUGGUGAUAAAAUGUUAAAUCAUUGUUUAUUUUAUUCUCCUAACUGCCCUGUACAGUGGGGAAAAAAAGUAUUUAGUCAGCCACCAAUUGUGCAAGUUCUCCCACUUAAAAAGAUGAGAGAGGCCUGUAAAUUUCAUCAUAGGUACACGUCAACUAUGACAGACAAAAUGAGAUUUUUUUUCUCCAGAAAAUCACAUUUUUAAUGAAUUUAUUUGCAAAUUAUGGUGGAAAAUAAGUAUUUGGUCAAUAACAAACGUUUCUCAAUACUUUGUUAUAUACCCUUUGUUGGCAAUGACACAGGUCAAACGUUUUCUGUAAGUCUUCACAAGGUUUUCACACACUGUAUUUUGGCCCAUUCCUCCAUGCAGAUCUCCUCUAGAGCAGUGAUGUUUUGGGGCUGUCGCUGGGCAACACGGACUUUCAACUCCCUCCAAAGAUUUUUCUCACGAUACAUGGCCCCAUUCAUUCUUUCCUUUACACGGAUCAGUCGUCCUGGUCCCUUUGCAGAAAAACAGCCCCAAAGCAUGAUGUUUCCAUCCCCAUGCUUCACAGUAGGUAUGGUGUUCUUUGGAUGCAACUCAGCAUUCUUUGUCCUCCAAACACGACGAGUUGAGUUUUUACCAAAAAGUUAUAUUUUGGUUUCAUCUGACAUUCUCCCAAUCCUCUUCUGGAUCAUCCAAAUGCACUCUAGCAAACUUCAGACGGGCCUGGACAUGUACUGCCUUAAGCAGGGGGACACGUCUUGCACUGCAGGAUUUGAGUCCCUGGCGGCGUAGUGUGUUACUGAUGGUAGGCUUUGUUACUUUGGUCCCAGCUCUCUGCAGGUCAUUCACUAGGUCCCCCCGUGUGGUUCUGGGAUUUUGGCUCACCGUUCUUGUGAUCAUUUUGACCCCACGGGGUGAGAUCUUGCGUGGAGCCCCAGAUCGAGGGAGAUUAUCAGUGGUCUUGUAUGUCUUCCAUUUCCUAAUAAUUGCUCCCACAGUUGAUUUCUUCAAACCAAGCUGCUUACCUAUUGCAGAUUCAGUCUUCCCAGCCUGGUGCAGGUCUACAAUUUUGUUUCUGGUGUCCUUUGACAGCUCUCUUUGGUCUUGGCCAUAGUGGAGUUUGGAGUGUGACUGUUUGAGGUUGUGGACAGGUGUCUUUUAUACUGAUAACAAGUUCAAACAGGUGCCAUUAAUACAGGUAAUGAGUGGAGGACAGAGGAGCCUCUUAAAUAAGAAGUUACAGGUCUGUGAGAGCCAGAAAUCUUGCUUGUUUGUAGGUGACCAAAUACUUAUUUUCCACCAUAAUUUGCAAAUAAAUUCAUAAAAAAUCCUACAAUGUGAUUUUCUGGAUUUUUUCCCCUCAUUUUGUCUGUCAUAGUUGACGUGUACUUAUGAUGAAUAUUACAGGCCUCUCUCAUCUUUUUAAGUGGGAGAACUUGCACAAUUGGUGGAUGACUAAAUACUUUUUUCCCCCACUGUAAAUUUAAUGGGAAGAGACUUAUUGUGUAAAUUGGGAAUUCAAAUCUCUUGCAUUGAGGAAGGCCUAAUAGUAACUGCUCCAAGCAUCGGUAUUUAUACCACGCUGGACGUACCAGGCCACGAUUGGUAUUAUUCAUGGGGUCUUUCUGACCACUUUGACCCACUGAAUGCAUUAUUUUUUGUAAACCAAAUUUAGUCAUGGUCGAAGGGACCAUUUGUUUGUAUUACUGUGGCAUUGUGAGACAGAGCAGGAGGAGUUGACAAUUGAUUAUGUGCAUGAAGGAAGCACACGCUUCCUGGGUGUGGUAGCUGAUGUGAACUUCACUGAACAGCAACAGUUUUUCUCUGUGCCCAAAGCAGUUCCCCAUAUCUCUAAGGUACAUGGGUGAGGAGCGUGAGGUUGGCAACAGACUGGGAGGCUCAGCCAGAUGGGAGAGAAUUCUCCUCUGUGGUUGGUGCUCUCAGAACAUUUGUAUUAUUUUUAUUUAACUAGGCAAGUCAGUUAAGAACAAAUUCUUAUUUACAAUGAUGGCCUACACCGGCCAAACUCGGACGACGCUGGGCCAAUUGUGCGCCGCCCUAUGGGACUCCCAAUCACGGCCGGUUGUGAUACAGACUGGAAUCGAACCAGGGUGUCUGUAGUGACACCUAUAGCACUGAGAUGCAGUGCCUUAGACCACUGCGCCACUUGGGAGCCCCACAGAUGUGAACAGCACGCACGUCGUGCACAGAGGGGACAAUGAAGUCCCUGUUCCUGUUUCCCUUAUACCUAACCAGCCCGCCUCUGACAGUGCACUGUUGUCUCAGGUUCCAGACUGUUUGUGGGCAAAGGAUAAAUAUGACAUAUGGAAAAUGAGAGGAGCAACGCCUGUGACUGUCUCUCCUAAAGGCACAUAUCAGCCCCACAUAGCACAGUACCCUUUGCGUAAGGAGGCGGAGGCAGGCAUUGGCAAAAUCCUGACCUCUCUGCUGAGCAGGGGGGCUGUUGUCACCUGUCAUCACCUUGCAACACGCCAAUUUGACCUGUUAGAAAAGCAUCUGGUGAAUGGAGAAUGGUACAAGAUCUUAGAGCUGUUAACGAUGUAGUGUACAGUCGUGGUCCAAAGUUUUGAGAAUGACACAAGUAUUUGUCUUCACAAAGUUUGCUGCUUCAGUGUUUUUAGAUAUUUUUCUCAGAUGUUACUAUGGUAUACUGAAGUAUAAUUACAAGCAUUCCAUAAGUGUCAAAGGCUUUUAUUGACAAUUACAUUAAGUUUAUGCAGAGUCAAUAUUUGCAGUGUUAACCCUUCUUUUUCAAGACCUCUGCAAUCAGCCCUGGCAUGCUGUCAAUUAACUUCUGGGCCACAUCCUGACUGAUGGCAGCCCAUUCUUGCAUAAUCAAUACUUGGAGUUUGUCAGAAUUUGCGGGUUUUUGUUUGUCCACCCGCCUCUUGAGGAUUGACCACAAGUUCUCAAUGGGAUUAAGGUCUGGGGAGUUUCCUGGCCAUGGACCCAAAAUGUCGAUGUUUUGUUCCCCGAGCCACUUAGUUAUCACUUUUGCCUUAUGGUAAGGUGCUCCAUCAUGCUGGAAAAGGCAUUGUUUGUCACCAAACUGUUCUUGGAUGGUUGGGAGAAGUUGCUCUCGGAGGACGUGUUGGUACCAUUCUUUAUUCACGGCUGUGUUCUUAGGCAAAAUUGUGAGUGAGCCCACUCCCUUGGCUGAGAAGCAACCCCACACAUGAAUGGUCUCAGGAUGCUUUACUGUUGGCAUGACACAGGACUUAUGGUAGCGCUCACCUUGUCUUCUCCAUACAAGCUUUUUUCCGGAUACCCCAAACAAUCGGAAAGGGGAUUCAUCAGAGAAAAUUACUUUACCUCAGUCCUCAGCAGUCCAAUCCCUGUACCUUUUGCAGAAUAUCAGUCUGUCCCUGAUGUUUUUCCUGGAGAGAAGUGGCUUCCUCGCUGCCCUUCUUGACACCAGGCCAUCCUCCAAAAGUAUUUGCCUCGCUGUGCGUGCAGCUGCACUCACACCUGCCUGCUGCCAUUCCUGUGCAAACUCUGCACUGGUGGUGCCCCGAUCCUGCAGCUGAAUCAACUUUAGGAGACGGUCCUGGCGCUUGCAGGACUUUCUUGGGCGCCCUAAAGCCUUCUUGAAGUUCAUGAUGAUCCGAUAAAUGGUUGAUUUAUGUGCAAUCUUACUAGCAGCAAUAUCCUUGCCUGUGAAGCCCUUUUGUGCAAAGCAAUGAUGACGGCACGUGUUUCCUUGCAGGUAACCAUGGUUAACAGAGGAAGAACAAUGAUUUCAAGGACCACCCUCCUUUUAAAGCUUCCAGUCUGUUAUUCUAACUCAAUCAGCAUGACAGAGUGAUCUCCAGCCUUGUCCUCGACAACACUCUCACCUGUGUUAACAAGAGAAUCACUGACAUGAUGUCAGCUGGUCCUUUUGUGGCAGGGCUGAAAUGCAGUGGAAAUGUUUUUUUUGGGAUUAAGUUCAUUUUCUGGUUUCUGGUACUGGUGUCUAGGGUGACAGGUAAGGUGGAGGUGAUAUGAUCCUUGAAUAGUCUCUCAAAGCACUUCAAGAUGACAGAAGUGAGUGCUACGGGUCAAUAGUCAUUUAGUUCAGUCACUUUUGCUUUCUUGGGUACAGGAACAAUGGUGGCCAUCUUGAAGCAUGUGGGGUCAGCAGAUAGGGAAAGAUUGAAUAUGUCUGUAAACACACCAGCCAGCUGGUCUGCGCAUGCUCUGAGGACGCGACUAGGGAUGCCGUCUGGGCUGGCAGCCUUGCGAGGGUUAACACGCUUGAAAUGUCAUACUCACGUCAGCCACGGAGAAGGAGAGCCCACAGUCCUUGGUAGCGUCGGUGGCACUGUAUUAUCCUCAAAGCGGGCAAAGAAGGUGUUUAGCGGGUAACCUCAGAGUCUAGGUAUGGUGACUCAUUUUAUCUCUUUUGGGCUCCCGAGUGGCGCAGCGGUCGAAGGCACUGCAUCACAGUGCUAGAGGCGUCACUGCAGACCCUGGUUCAAUACCAGGCUGCAUCACAACCGGCAGUGGUCAGUGCGCAAUUGGCCCAGCAUCGUCCGGGUUAGGGGAGGCCGGGGCAGGCUGUCAAUGUAAAGGUAAAAUAAUUCAGGUCAGCUCUUUCAACAUAGAGACCUUAAUGAUAAUCUCUCCUGGAUGGUUAAACCUCAGAUUAAAUCCUUUCCCCCCUCCUCCUAAUGGAAUAAUACAAUCGGCUGGGUCUAGGUUACUUUAUUCCAGAAACACAGAUUCUUAUUCAGUUAAGUAGCAGUUUCCUGCAGUCAAAUGACCAAAGUGACCUCAUGGGUGGUAUGUUAUUAAUAUUUUAAAUAAUUAAUACACUUUUUUUUUUUUUACCAGCCGAAAAAUCUGGUGUUUCUAUGUCAAAUGGUUUUGUUAUAUUUCAGUCUUCUGUGAUGUAUACAGUGUAAUAUUGGGAUGCGAACUCAAAAUGGAAUACAUUUUAACUCUAUAUUUGACAUGAUACAGGUGUCUUCUUUUUUUUGCCCAUAACCAUGUCUCUGAGGGAUCCUGAUUGGCGCAGCGGUCUAAGGCACUGCAUCACAGUGCUAGAGGCGUCACUACAGACCUGGGUUCGAUCCCGGGCUGUAUCACAACCGGCUGUGAUCGGGAGUCCCAUAGGGCGGCGCACAAUUGGCCCAGUGUCUGUCUGGGUUAGGGGAGGGUUUGGCCGGGGUAGACCGUCAUUGUAAAUAAGAAUUUGUUCUUAUUAAAUAAAGGUAAAAUAAAAAAUACAACUAAAUAAGAAUGAGGUGCAUACUUUUGUUUCAAAUUAGAUUUGUUUAAGACUAUCAAGAAACCUUGAUUUAGCCCACUGCAGUAAAAGGCUAACCAGAUGCUUUAUAUCAUCAGUCAAUUAACCUAAUUAAGGACUUUAAGUAAAACAACGCUGAUGACAGAGGGUCCCCCCCCCCCACCCCUCUAUAGGACUACCAAUAAACAAUUGUUAUGUAGUACAAUUAUAUGAGAAGCACAAUAUAUUAUUUCAUAAAAGACAGUGUCUAAACAGGAAAACCACUUCAGACACAAAUUGUACUUUGCCUUCAUAACUUAUACUGUAUGUAGGCCUACUGGUAUUUUUCUGUUGAAGCAAUUAAGCCAUACAAUAAUUACACCACUCCUUUUUCCCAAGGAAGUGUCGCUAACUAGGACAUACUCACCACCAUAGGAAAAGGGCAUAUUAAGUGUUUCCUGCAUAUUUCUCCAUAACUGUCACUCUUAAGUGUAUGGUUGUGUAUGGAAUCUGUGUAUGGUUGUGUGUGUGUGUGUGUGUGUGUGUGUGUGUGUGUGUGUGUGUGUAACUGGGCCUAUAUAAGAUGACAGAGGAUGGGACUAGAGUGUGGAUAUCAAGAGGAGAUCAACUAGAGGUGAAGAUUAAGACUGGACUAGUCUGCCGUACUACACUAUACAUCUCUGGUAAGACUUCUCUGUCUAAACACCGCAUGUAGCAUCUGUGUGUUUUAUUGUUUGUAUAUAUUAUAUUGUUCAUGUUGUAAAACACUUUGUAACAAUCUGUCUUUGUAAAAAGUGCUAUAAAAAUAAAUGUGAUUGAUUGUUGUGUAAUAGAAUGAUGCAGGGGACUUUUAUUCAAAUCAGUCUAGAGUCUUUGGCUUCCAGUUUUGCAGUCACAUUGAUAUAUGUGUUUAGGACAUACAGUGGGGAGAACAAGUAUUUGAUACACUGCCGAUUUUGCAGGUUUCCUACUUACAAAGCAUGUAAAGGUCUGUAAUUUUUAUCAUAGGUACACUUCAACUGUGAGACACGAAAUCUAAAACAAAAAUCCAGAAAAUCACAUUGUAUGAUUUUUAAGUAAUUAAUUUGCAUUUUAUUGCAUGACAUAAGUAUUUGAUACAUCAGAGAAGCAGAACUUAAUAUUUGGUACAGAAUCCUUUGUUUGCAAUUACAGAGAUCAUACGUUUCCUGUAGGUCUUGACCAGGUUUGCACACACUGCAGCAGGGAUUUUGGCCCACUCCUCCAUACAGACCUUCUCCAGAUCCUUCAGGUUUCGGGGCUGUCGCUGGGCAAUACGGACUUUCAGCUCCCUCCAAAUAUUUUCUAUUGGGUUCAGGUCUGGAGACUGGCUAGGCCACUCCAGGACCUUGAGAUGCUUCUUACGGAGCCACUCCUUAGUUGCCCUGGCUGUGUGUUUCGGGUCGUUGUCAUGCUGGAAGACCCAGCCACGACCCAUCUUCAAUGCUCUUACUGAGGGAAGGAGGUUGUUGACCAAGAUCUCGCAAUACAUGGCCCCAUCGAUCCUCCCCUCAAUACGGUGCAGUCGUCCUGUCCCCUUUGCAGAAAAGCAUCCCCAAAGAAUGAUGUUUCCACCUCCAUGCUUCACGGUUGGGAUGGUGUUCUUGGGGUUAUACUCAUCCUUCUUCUUCCUCCAAACACGGCGAGUGGAGUUUAGACCAAAAAGCUCUAUUUUUGUCUCAUCAGACCACAUGACCUUCUCCCAUUCCUCCUCUGGAUCAUCCAGAUGGUCAUUGGCAAACUUCAGAUGGGCCUGGACAUGCGCUGGCUUGAGCAGGGGGACCUUGAGUGCGCUGCAGGAUUUUAAUCCAUGACGACGUAGUGUGUUACUAAUGGUUUUCUUUGAGACUGUGGUCCCAGCUCUCUUCAGGUCAUUGACCAGGUCCUGCCGUGUAGUUCUGGGCUGAUCCCUCACCUUCCUCAUGAUCAUUGAUGCCCCACGAGGUGAGAUCUUGCAUGGAGCCCCAGACCGAGGGUGAUUGACCAUCAUCUUGAACUUCUUCCAUUUUCUAAUAAUUGCGCCAACAGUUGUUGCCUUCUCACCAAGCUGCUUGCCUAUUGUCCUGUAGCCCAUCCCAGCCUUGUGCAGGUCUACAAUUUUAUCCCUGAUGUCCUUGCACAGCUCUCUGGUCUUGGCAAUUGUGGAGAGGUUGGAGUCUGUUUGAUUGAGUGUGUGGACAGGUGUCUUUUAUACAGGUAACGAGUUCAAACAGGUGCAGUUAAUACAGGUAAUGAGUGGAGAAGAGGAGGGCUUCUUAAAGAAAAACUAACAGGUCUGUGAGAGCCGGAAUUCUUACUGGUUGGUAGGUGAUCAAAGACUUAUGUCAUGCAAUAAAAUGCUAAUUAAAUUACUUAAAAAUCAUACAAUGUGAUUUUCUGGAUUUUUGUUUUAGAUUCCGUCUCUCACAGUUGAAGUGUACCUAUGAUAAAAAUUACAGACCUCUACAUGCUUUGUAAGUAGGAAAACCUGCAAAAUCGGCAGUGUAUCAGAUACUUGUUCUCCCCACUGUAUAAUACCAAUAUUAAUUUGUAACAUAUCAUACAAAAUGGGUGAUGGACAUCCCCAUUUUAAUACAUGACGGCUGUGUGGUCCCAUGGUGUUUAUACUUGCAUACUAUUGUUUGUACAGAUGAAAGGGGUACCUUCAGGCAUUUGGAAAUAGGCCUUGAAAUACAUCCACAGGUAAACCUCCAAUUGACUCAAAUAAUGUCAAUUAGCCUACCAGAAGCUUCUAAAGCCAUGACAUCAUUUUCUGGAAUUUUCCAAGCUUUUAAAGGCACAGUCAACUUAGUGUAUGAAAACUUCUGACCCACUGGAAUUGUGAUACAGUGAAUUAUAAGUGAAAUAAUCUGUCUGUAAACAAUUGUUGGAAAAAUGACUUGUGUCAUGUUAACAAGAAAUGUGUGGAGUGGUUAAAAAACGAGUUUUAAUGACUCCAACCUAAGUGUAUGUAAACUUCCGACUUCAACUGUAUACAGUAUAUAUAUAAAAAUAUAUAUACUCCGGACUCCGACAUUGCUCGUCUUAAUAUUUCUAUAGUAUAUUUCUUAAUUCCAUUAUUUUACUUUUAUAUUUGUGUGUAAUUUUGUGUAUUGUUAGAUAUGACUGCACUGCUAGGAACACAAGCAUUUCGCUGCACACCUAAUAACAUCUGCUAAAUACACUAUGAGACCAAUAAAAUUUGAUUUGAUUUGAAUAGAGUCUGGUGCAAUCCUCUAGUAAUCCAGCAGAUGGAAGUAGCGAGCAAGUACCUAAGUUGCCAUGUGAGGUUAGUAUGUGUGUUACGUCAGAAGAUGAUGUUAUGGCUACCUGCGUGGUGGAGGCCAGCCACCUCCAGUGAUGGAAUAAACAACCAGAAAAUAUAAAACCUAGGCUGUCCACUCAUUUACUAGAUUAUAUAGUAAAACACACAAUUUCUUUUACCGUUUUAAAAACUGCCUCUCCACUAAUUAGCAUACUAGAUUAUAUACUACCAGUCAAAAGUUCGGACACCUACUCAUUCAAGGGUUUUUCUUUAUUUGUACAAUUUUUUACAUUUUACAAUAAUAGUGAAGACAUCAAAACUAUGAAAUAACACAUAUGGAAUCAUGUAGUUACCAAAACAAAUGAAAGUUUUUUAUUGUAAGCAAGAAUCAGGAGGAUAGAAUUAUGGUCAGAUUUGCCAAAUGGAGGGCGAGGGAGAGCUUUGUACACGUCUCUGUGUGUGGAGUAAAGGUGGUCUAGAGUUUCUUUCCCCUCUGGUUGCACAUUUAACAUGCCGAUGUAAAUUAGGUAGAACGGAUUUUAGUUUCCCUGCAUUAAAGUCCCUGGCCACUAGGGCCAUUUACAUACUUAUGGCCGUAUACAGCUCAAUGAGUGUGGUUUUAGUGCCAGCAUCGGUUUGUGUUGGUAUAUAGACCGCUAUGAAAAAUAUAGAUGAAAACUCUCUUGGUAAAUAGUGUGGUCUACAGCUUAUCAUGAGAUAGUCUACCUCAGGCGAGCAAAACCUUGAAACUUCCUUAGAUUUCAUUAACCAGCUGUUGUUUACAAAUAUACAUAGACCGCCGCCCCUUGUCUUUCCCAAGGUUGCUGUUCUAUCCUGCCGAACAAGCUUAAAACUCGCCAGCUGUAUGUUAUUCAUGUCGUCGUUCAGCCACGACUCUGUGAAACAUAAGAUAUUACCGUUUUUAAUGUCCCGUUGGUAGGAUAUUCGUGAUCGUACCUCGUCUAAUUUAUUUUCCAAUGAUUGUACGUUGGCUAGUAAUACUGAUGGUAAAGGCAGAUUACCUACUCACCGUCUGAUCCUUACAAGGCACCCUGACCUACGUCCCCAAUAUCUCUGUCUCUUUCUCCUGCGAAUCACAGGGAUUUUGGCCUUGUCGGAUGUUUGAAGUACAUAAUUCCCGUCCAACUCGUUUAAGAAAAACUCUUUGUCCAAUCCGAGGUGAGUAAUCGCUGUCGUGAUACAGUGGGGAAAAAAAGUAUUUAGUCAGCCACCAAUUGUGCAAGUUCUCCCACUUAAAAAGAUGAGAGAGGCCUGUAAUUUUCAUCAUAGGUACAUGUCAACUAUGACAGACAAAUUGAGAAAAACAAAUCCAGAAAAUCACAUUGUAGGAUAUUUAAUGAAUUUAUUUGCAAAUUAUGGUGGAAAAUAAGUAUUUGGUCACCUACAAACAAGCAAGAUUUCUGGCUCUCACAGACCUGUAACAACUUCUUUAAGAGGCUCCUCUGUCCUCCACUCGUUACCUGUAUUAAUGGCACCUGUUUGAACUUGUUAUCAGUAUUAAAGACACCUGUCCACAACCUCAAACAGUCACACUCCAAACUCCACUAUGGCCAAGACCAAAGAGCUGUCAAAGGACACCAGAAACAAAAUUGUAGACCUGCACCAGGCUGGGAAGACUGAAUCUGCAAUAGGUAAGCAGCUUGGUUUGAAGAAAUCAACUGUGGGAGCAAUUAUUAGGAAAUGGAAGACAUACAAGACCACUGAUAAUCUCCCUCGACCUGGGGCUCCACGCAAGAUCUCACCCCUUGGGGUCAAAAUGAUCACAAGAACAGUGAGCAAAAAUCCAAGAACCACACGGGGGGACCUAGUGAAUGACCUGCAGAGAGCUGGGACCAAAGUAACAAAGCCUACCAUCAGUAACACACUACGCCGCCAGGGACUCAAAUCCUGCAGUGCCAGACGUGUCCCCCUACUUAAGCCAGUACAUGUCCAGGCCCGUCUGAAGUUUGCUAGAGUGCAUUUGGAUGAUCCUUAAGUGGAUUGGGAGAAUGUCAUAUGGUCAGAUGAAACCAAAAUAUAACUUUUUGGUAAAAACUCAACUCGUCGUGUUUGGAGGACAAAGAAUGCUGAGUUGCAUCCAAAGAACACCAUACCUACUGUGAAGCAUGGGGGUGGAAACAUCAUGCUUUGGGGCUGUUUUUCUGCAAAGGGACCAGGACGACUGAUCCGUGUAAAGGAAAGAAUGAAUGGGGCCAUGUAUCGUGAGAUUUUGAGUGAAAACCUCCUUCCAUCAGCAAGGGCAUUGAAGAUUAAACGUGGCUGGGUCUUUCAGCAUGACAAUGAUCCCAAACACACCGCCCGCCCGGGCAACGAAGGAGUGGCUUCGUAAGAAGCAUUUCAAGGUCCUGGAGUGGCCUUGCCCGUCUCCAGAUCUCAACCCCAUAGAAAGUCUUUGGAGGGAGUUGAAAGUCUGUGUUUCCCAGCGACAGCCCCAAAACAUCACUGCUCUAGAGGAGAUCUGCAUGGAGGAAUGGGCCAAAAUACCAUUAACAGUGUGUGAAAACCUUGUGAAGACUUACAGAAAACGUUUGACCUGUGUCAUUGCCAACAAAGGGUAUAUAACAAAGUAUUGAGAAACUUUUGUUAUUGACCAAAUACUUAUUUUCCACCAUAAUUUGCAAAUAAAUUCAUUAAAAAUCCUACAAUGUGAUUUUCUGGAUUUUUUUCCCUCAUUUUGUCUGUCAUAGUUGACGUGUACCUAUGAUGAAAAUUACAGGCCUCUCUCAUCUUUUUAAGUGGGAGAACUUGCACAAUUGGUGGCUGACUAAAUACUUUUUCCCCCCACUGUAUCCAGAAGCUAUUUUCGGUCGUAAGAGAUGGUGGCAGAAACAUUAUGUACAAAAUAAGUUACAAAUAAUGCGAAAAAACACACAUAGUAGCACAAUUGUUUAGGCGCCUGUAGAACGACAGCCAUCUCCACCUACGCCAUUUAAUUUAAAGACUUUAAUGUUCUGAGAGAUUAUGAAGAAACAAAGGUUUUAUACAAGGGAGUGGUAUAUUCCCACAACAGUACCUGUUAGGCUGUACACCAUGUGAUGUAAACCAGAGUUGAAUUUGCAGGGUUUGUGGAGCUUGUGAUGAUGACACUUAAAGCCACCCUCUUCAGGAAUGGAGGAAGCAGGAUGUGGGCAUGUUGAAGCAGGCAGCGGGGUUUGUGGAGCUUUUGACGAUGAUGCUUCAAGCCACCCUCUUCAGGAAUGCAGGAAGCAGGGUGUGGACAUGUUGAAGUAGGCAAGCCAGCAGUGUUUGUGGAGCUUGUGAUAAGGAUGCUUAAAGCCACCUAAUUUGUGAAUACCAUCAAGUAUAGACCAACAACAAAAAUGCUAACAAUGGAGCAAAUGCUUCCCAUGACAUUUUCACCUGCAAAUAACACUUGAUUUGCAUGAUACAUCUGUAGUUCUUAAAAACGUUAAUGUUCUUAGAGAUAUGAGGAAACAAAGGUUUAAUAAAAUGAGAGAGAUACAGUGAGGGAAAAAAGUAUUUGAUCCCCUGCUGAUUUUGUACGUUUGCCCACUGACAAAGAAAUGAUAAAUCUAUACUUUUAAUGGUAGGUUUAUUUGAACAGUGAGAGACAGAAUAACAACAACAAAAUCCCGAAAAAUGCAUGGCAAAAAUGUUAUAAAUUCAUUUGCAUUUUAAUGAGGAAAAUAAAUAUUUGACCCCCUCUCAAUCAGAAAGAUUUCUGGCUCCCAGGUGUCUUUUAUACAGGUAAUGAGCUGAGAUUAGGAGCACACUCUUAAAGGGAGUGCUCCUAAUCUCAGCUUGUUACCUGUAUAAAAGACACCUGUCCACAGAAGCAAUCAAUCAAUCAGAUUCCCAACUCUCCACCAUGGCCAAGACCAAAGAGCUCUCCAAGGAUGUCAGGGACAAGAUUGUAGACCUACACAAGGCUGGAAUGGGCUACAAGAUCAUCGCCAAGCAGCUUGGUGAGAAGGUGACAACAGUUGGUGCGAUUAUUCGCAAAUGGAAGAAACACAAAAGCACUGUCAAUCUCCCUCGGCCUGGGACUCCAUGCAAGGUCUCACCUCGUGGAGUUGCAAUGAUCAUGAGAACGGUGAGGAAUCAGCCCAGAACUACACGGGAGGAUCUUGUCAAUGAUCUCAAGGCAGCUGGGACCAUAGUCACCAAGAAAACAAUUGGUAACACACUACGCCGUGAAGGACUGAAAUCCUGCAGCGCCCGCAAGGUCCCCCUACUCAAGAAAGCACAUAUACAGGCCCGUCUGAAGUUUGCCAAUGAACAUCUGAAUGAUUCAGAGGAGAACUGGGUGAAAGUGUUGUGGUCAGAUGAGACCAAAAUCGAGCUCUUUGGCAUCAACUCAACUUGCCGUGUUUGGAGGAGGAGGAAUGCUGCCUAUGAACCCAAGAACACCAUCCCCACCGUCAAACAUGGAGGUGGAAACAUUAUGCUUUGGGGGUGUUUUUCUGCUAAGGGGACAGGACAACUUCACCGCAUCAAAGGGACGAUGGACGGGGCCAUGUACCGUCAAAUCUUGGGUGAGAACUUCCUUCCCUCAGCCAGGGCAUUGAAAAUGGGUCGUGGAUGGGUAUUCCAGCAUGACAAUGACCCAAAACACAUGGCCAAGGCAACAAAGGAGUGGUUCAAGAAGAAGCACAUUAAGAAGCACAUUAAGGACCAGAAAGUGGUCAAAACAGCAGUUUGAAAUCUUGGUCUACCAUUCAAAUCUGAAAUCAGAACAGAAAUAUCUACUAUCAAUCAAGAGAUACCACCGUUUAAAUAAUCACAUCAGCUACUUUAAUUAAGCUAACUUCUUACUGUUGAAUAAAAUGGCAUUGAACAAUCAGAAAUGUCAAAUUAUAGCACUUCCAGGGGUACGGUCCGGUAAUAAAAAAAUUAAUAGUUGGGGUACGCCGUUCUGGUACACAUGAGCCUAUCACAAUAAUGAAAACAAAAUGUCAAGAAAACUGUAGGCUAUUACACCAUUAUAAUUACCGCGGACAGCAAUGGAUGCAUAAAUUCUGGCCUAAUGACAAUCGCCAAAUGUAUUUAACUUUUUGGUGUUUUGUAUAACAUACAGUACCAGUCAAAAGUUUGGACACACCUACUCACUCUAGGGUUUUUCUUUAUAUUUACUAUUUUCCACAUUGUAGGAUAAUAGUGAAGACAUCAAAACUAUGAAAUAAUUCAUAUGGAAUCAUGUAGUAACCAAAAAAGUGUUAAACAAAUCAAAUAUAUUUUAGAUUUUAGAUUCUUCAAAGUAGCCUUGAUGACAGCUUUGCACACUCUUGGUAUUCUCUCAACCAGCUUCACCUGGAAUGCUUUUCCAACAGUAUUGAAGGAGUUCCCACAUAUACUGAGCACUUGUUGGCUGAUUUUCCUUCACUCUGAGGUACAACUCAUCCCAAACCAUCUCAAUUGGGUUGAGGUUGAGUGAUUGUGGAGGCCAGAUCAUCUGAUGCAGCACUCCAUCACUCUCCUUCUUGGUCAAAUAGCCCUAAAACAGCCUGGAGGUGUGUUGGGUCAUUGUCCUGUUGAAAAACAAAUGAUAGUCCCACUAAGCGCAAACCAGAAGGGAUGGCGUAUCGCUGCAGAAUGCUGUGGUAGCCAUGCUGGUUAAGUGUGCCUUGAAUUCUAAAUAAAUCACAGACAGUGUCACCAGCAAAGCACCCCCACACCGUCACACCUCCUCCUCCAUGCUUCACGGUGGGACCCACACAUGAGAUCAUCCGGAGAUCAUCCGUUCACCUACUCUGCGUCUCACAAAGACACGGUGGUUGGAACUGAAAAUCUCAAAUUUGGACUCAUCAGACCAAAGGACAGAUUUCCACCGGUCUAAUGUCCAUUUCUCGUGUUUCUUGGCCCUAGCAAGUCUCUUCUUAUUAUUGGUGUCCUUUAGUAGUGGUUUCUUUGCAGCAAUUCGACCAUGAAAGCCUGAUUCAUGCAGUCUCCUCUGAACAGUUGAUGUUGAGAUGGGUCUGUUACUUGAACUCUGUGAACCAUUUAUUUGGGCUGCAAUUUCUGAGGCUGGUAACUGUAAUGAACUUAUCCUCUUCGGCAGAGGUAACUCUGGGUCUUCCUUUCCUGUGACGGAACUCAUGAGAGCCAGUUUCAUCAUUGCUCUUGAUGGUUUUUGUGACUGCACUUGAAGAAACUUUAAAAGUUCUUGACAUUUUCUGUAUUGACUGACCUUCAUGUCUUAAUGCAAUGAUGGAUUGUCGUUUCUCUUUGCUUAUUUGAGCUGUUCUUGCCAUAAUAUGAACUUGGUCUUCUACCAAAUAGGGCUAUCUUCUGUAUACCACCCCUACCUUGUCACAACACAACUGAUUGGCUCAAACGCAUUAAGAAGGAAAGAAAUUCCACAAAUUAACUUUUAACACAGCACACCUGUUAAUUGAAAUGCAUUCCAGGUGACUACCUCAUGAAGCUGGUUGAGAGAAUGCCAAGAGUGUGCAAAGCCGCCAUCAAGGCAAAGGGUGGGUACUUUGAAGGAUCUCAAAUAUAAAAUACAUUUUGAUUUGUUUAACACUUUUUUGGUUACUACAUGAUUCCAUGUGUGUUAUUUCAUAGUUUUGAUGUCUUCACUAUUAUUCUACAAUGUGGAACAUAAUCACAUUAAAGAAAAACCCUUGAAUGAGUAGGUGUGUCCAAACUUUUGACUGGUACUGUAUGUCUCUUCCAUUCACCACGGUUUGGAGGCUGGAAAUACAUGUAUGUUGGUAGUGGGUGAACGUGAGUAACCUAGUAAAGGAGCCCUUUGAAGUGAUUGUUUGACAAGUGCGUGCACACAUAGGAUGUCCCAUACUGGGAAUAAAUUAAUUAUACUUUCAAGUAAAUCAAGUCUUAUUUGCAUGUGCUCCAAUGUUAACAUUGUUGUUGGUGACCCAGUUUUUGAGGGUAUUCACAAAUCACAAAGUAGCAUGACAACAUCACAAAAAACAGAGACACAGUAUUUGCAUAGCAGUCAGGGCAAAUACUGUACAUAGCAGCAUCUAAGGUACAUCAAGAAUGCUGAGUGACACUGAGGAUUGAGUGACAUUUCAUUUUGGUACUAGCGAACGGUAAAUGUGAGUAGGAGUAGGCCUACUGGUAUUGUUCAGUAUAAGGAUGGAAGCCCAAAAAAUCCUACCACACCUGUUCCCCUAGGAUGUGUCACUAAUUAUCUAUUGCUGAGCAAUAAUCCUGCGUAUUUUCCCAGUUUCUGUCACUCCCAGUGCGUGUGUGUGUGUGUGUGUGUGUUUGUGUGUGUAACUGGGCCUAUAUAAGAUGACAGAGGAUGGGACUAGAGUGUGGAUAUCAAGAGGAGAUCAACUGGAGGUGAAGAUUAAGACUGGACUAGUCUGCCGUACUACACUAUACAUCUCUGGUAAGACUUCUCUGUCUAAACACUGCAUGUAGCAUUUGUGUGUUGUUUUAUUAUUUUAUUGAUUAUAUAUAUAAUAUUGCUCAUGUUGUAAAGCCGUUUGAAACAAUAUGUCUUUGUAAAAAGUGCUAUACAAAUCAAUGUGAUUGAUUGUUGUGUAAUAGAAUGAUGCAGGUGACCUUUAUUCAAAUCAGUCUAGAGUCUUUGGCUUCUAGUUUUGAAGUCACAUUGAUAGAUGUGUUUAGGACAAAAUAUAUUAGAAUGUCUUUGGGUUUCAACUGAGCCCUAUAGCUCCUUGGACCCAAAUGUGAUAAUUUAGAGUAAUUGACUAUCACAGUACUGUUAUUAUUAUUUAUUUAUUUUUUACUACGAAUAACAUCUUAUCAAGAGAUUUCUGACCCUAUGACAUGGAUACAAACAAAGGGAUUGGUUUGUGUUUAAAGGAUAUUUUUAAGUGAAUUCAGCGAGAGCAAUGUGGAAACCAAAAGAUACUCUUAAGGUAAGAAACUCAUCAUCACGAUACAGAUAAUACAUUUGUCUGAAAGAAACCACACAAUAUUAUAAAAUCCCUUCUUAUUGAAAUGCUAUGCUACUGCAUAGUGGAUAUCGCUCAAAUAUAUAUUGAAUAAAGCCCUUUUCUGUUGCUGUCAAUACUAAGUCCACCAAAUUGUAUCAUAAUGAAAGGAAACUUACUUCAUUAUGUUUAUGUACAGUACCAGUCAAAAGUUUGGACACACCUACUCAUUCCAGGGUUUUUCAUUAUUUCUACUAUUUUCUACAUUGUAGAAUAAUAGUGAAGACAUCAAAACUAUGAAAUAGCACAUAUGGAAACAUGGGGUAACCAAAAAAGUGUUAAACAAAUCAAAAUAUAGUUUAUAUUUGAGAUUCUUCAAAGUAGCCACCCUUUUUAUUUUAUUUUACUAGGCAAGUCAGUUAAGAACAAACUCUUAUUUACAAUGAUGUCCUACCCCGGACGACGCUCCCAAUCACAGCUGGAUUGUGAUACAGCCCGGAAUUGAACCAGGGUUUGUAGUAAUGCCUCUAGUACUGAAAUGCAGUGCCUUAGACCGCUGCGCCACUCGGGAGCUUUGCCUUGAUGACAGCUUUGCACACUCUUGGGAUUCUCUCAACUAACUUCAUGAGGUAGUCACCUGGAAUGCAUUUCAAUUUCAAUUGUUAAAAGUUAAUUUGUGGAAUUUCUUUCCUUCUUAAUGCAUUUGAGCCAAUCAGUUGUGUUGUGACAAGGUAGGGGUGGUAUACAGAAGAUAGCCCUAUUUGGUAGAAGACCAAGUCCAUAUUAUGACAAGAACAGCUCAAAUAAGCAAACAGAACCAACAGUCCAUCUUUACUUUAAGACAUGAAGGUCAGUCAAUACGGAACAUUUCAAGAACUUUGAAAGUUUCUUCAAGUGCAGUUGCAAAAACCAUCAAGCUCUAUGAUGAAACUGGUUCUCAUGAGGACCACCACAGGAAAGGAAGACCCAGAGUUACCUCUGCUGCAGAGGAUAAGUUCAUUAGAGUUAACUGCACUGCAGAUUGCAGCCCAAAUAAAUGGUUCACAUAGUUCAAGCAACAGACACAUCUCAACAUCAACUGUUCAGAGGAGACUGCGUGAUUCAGAACUUCAUUAUCGAAUUGCUGCAAAGAAAACACUACUAAAGGACACCAAGAAGAAGAAGAGACUUGCUUGUUGUGAUGGUGUGGGGGUGCUUUGCUGGUGACACUGUGUGUGAUGUAUUUAGAAUUCAAGGCACACUUAACCAGCAUGGCUACCACAGCAUUCUGCAGCGAUACACCAUCACAUCUGGUUUGCGCUUAGAGGGAGAAUAAUUUGUUUUUCAACAGGACAAUGACCCAACACACCUCCAGGCUGUGUAAGGACAUUUUGACCAAGAAGGAGAGUGAUGGAGUGCUGCAUCAGAUGAACUGGCCUCCACAAUCACCUGACCUCAACCCAAUUGAAAUGGUUUAGGAUGAGUUGGACCACAGAGUGAAGGAAAAGCAGCUAACAAGUGCUUAGCAUGUGUGGGAAAUACUUCAAGAAUGUUGGAAAAGCAUUCCAGGUUAAGCUGGUUGAGAGAAUGCCAAGAGUGUGCAAAGCUGUCUUCAAGCCAAAGGGUGGCUACUUUGAAGAAUCUAAAAUCAAAAAUAUAUUUUGAUUUGUUUAACACUUUUUUGGUUACUACAUGAUUCCAUAUGUGUUAUUUCAUAGCUUUGAUGUCUUCACUACUAUUCUACAAUGUAGAAAAUUGUAAGACAAAAGGGGAAAAAAAACGAAUGAGUAGGUGUGUCCAAACCUUUGACUGGUAAUGUUACUGUAUAGUGUACACACUCGUAAGGUAAGAAACUCAUCAGAAUAUGAGGAUGACUGUUGUCGGCAACAUACCACACUGUACUGUAAUACAUAGCUAUGAAUAUGCAUCCAGAAUUAAGGAAUAACAUAUACUUUACUGACAAACAGAGUAUAAGCUGUCAGAAUUAUGUUUUAUUUAUCUUCAAAAAACGUUUUAUUGAAAUGCCAUGUUACUUGAGAAAUGUUAUGGCUCAAUUAAACCAAAUUGUAUCAUCAUGGAAUAAUAGACUGUACACAUACUUUUUUCUGUCUCUUUCGUUCAUUCUGUCAGACUGUGCGUCUGUCUCAGUCCAUCAAUGAUGAGGAGAGAACAUACGUGACGAUGAGGAAGACUCUGAUUAAGAAGUGGCUGAAAGAUCAAGAUAUCGACUGUAAACUAGUGGGUAGUCCUGUCUUCUCUAUCUUUCGAUCACUCUCUCUCACACACGUGCCCUUUCUCUAACUCCCCCCUCUCUCCACAGCCAACUACAUAUCGAUCACCUUCCCCACUCCUGACGUGAAAUUCUCCAGAUUUGAUCUCUCUCUCUCUCUCUCUCUCUCUCUCUCUCUCUCUCUCUCUCUCUCUCUCUCUCUCGCUCUCUCUCUCUCUCUGUCUCUCUCUCUCUCUCUCUCCCCAUCUCUCAGGAGGAUGUUCCUAACAUAGCGUUGCUGGGGUCAGGUGGUGGAGAGAGGGCAGCAGUGGGCAUGCUGGGAUCGCUGUGCCAGCUGGCACAGGACGACCUGCUGGACAGCCUCCUCUACAUGUGUGGGGUGUCGGGCAGCACCUGGUACACACACACGUAUUUACUAUUAUUCUUAGCAGGAAAGUUCAUUUUGAAUGUGCUGAAACAAAUUAGGUAUCUGGCUCUCUCCUUCUCCCUCUCACACACACACACACACACACACACACACACACACACACAGGUGCAUGUCAUCCCUGUACAGCAAUCCAGCUGAGUCAUUGAGUAAGAGUUGUGUUGAAAUAAUAAAGAAGCUGAAGGGUCCUACGGUGGACUUGAGCAAGGCUGUGGAGUGGCUGAAAUUGAGGAAAGAACAAAACCAGGACUUCAACCUCACUGACUUCUGGGGCGCAUUCACUGCCUCCUAUUUCAUGAAAGAGGUCAGUGUAUGGUUGUGUGUAUCUGUCUGUUUGCCAGUGUGUGUGUGUUUGUGUCUAUUUGUCAGUCUGCCAGUGUGUGUAUCUGCCUCUGUUGGGCUGAUUAUUUCUCCCCCGUCUCUCCAUUCUUUACAUUUACAUUUUAGUCAUUUAGCAGACGCUCUUAUCCAGAGCGACUUACAGUUAGUGAAUGCAUUUUUUUUUUAUACUGGCCCCCCAUGGGAAUCGAACCCACAACCCUGGCGUUGCAAACGCCAUGCUCUAUCAACUGAGCUCUCCCCCCAUGUCUCUCCCCCAUGUCUCUCCCCAUCUGUCUCCCCCCCACCCAUCUCCCCCCUGUCUCCCCCCUGUCUCUCCCCCCUUGUUCUCUCUCUCCUGUAUCAGAUGAACACUUGCUGUCUUUCUGAAGAUGCUCACAGGAAAAUCAUCAAACCAUACCCCAUCUACAGUGCCAUAGAACUGGACUGCCACAGACAGGGUUACACUAAAGGUGACUGUUAUGCAGGGUUCAUGCAAACUCUGAAAUUCUGAACUUUCUGAGUUUCCUAGUUUCGAGUGCACUGUGAACGCAGCAUCAAUGUAUCAAUCAAAUGUAAUUGCAUUGCACUUUUUAGAAAGACAAUUGUCUCAAAGUGCAAGAACAAUACAAAUAAUAUAAACAAUUAAUACAAUAUGAACGAUAUGAACUAACACUCAUCUGUAGACGCCCAAAAAGCAAGCCAAGCAUUAGUCUGAGUCCCAGUCGGGCUCUGCUUAGAAGUAGUGCACUUUAUAAGGAAUAGGGUGUCAUUUCAGACAAAGCCAAUGAGUGUACAUUUCUGUAAUUUCACUGUUUUCUCCAGGGGUAUGGUUUGAGAUGACCCCCCACGAGAGCGGCUUCUCCGGAUUGGGCGCUUUCGUCCCCACUUCCUGUCUCGGGAGCCAGUUUGAAGGCGGGACUCUGAGAGAGAAGAGGAAGGAAAUGGACAUGGUUCUGCUGCAAGGUGGGGAUUGCACACACACACACACACACACACACACACACACACACACAGAAGCACAUGCACACAAACACACACACGCACACAAACAUACCCACACACAAACGCACACACACAGAAAUGUGUCCCCAUUGUUGAUAUGAUCAGGUGUUUUACAACUCUCAUAGAUGGUUAUUUAUUGUUGUUUGUUUGUUGUUGUUGGGCAGGUAUCUGUGGGAGUGCCAUUGCAGACGGGCAGAUGAACAAUGCUGAGGUAGUAAAAAAGAUCUGGGGCUUAUUUGGAGGUAAGCUACAGUGCAGCAUGCUAGUUAGCCUGUAAGGCUAGUGUAUAGGAUUGUAAGUUGUAUUUAGGAUCAUUGACACAACGUUCCCUUUGCGUUCAUUUGUGAUAAAUAAUGUUUCUUUCUUUCUCCUUUACCAUAUCUUUAGGUGGCAAGAACGUUUCAAACUCAGGUAAGAGUUAACUUCUUGCAAUAAGGUGGUCUUUCACCCCUUCCUUUACCCCCACCCAUCCAGAUGAUAAAACAUCCAUCAAAGAAAACGAUAGAGACAAAAUACAAAAGAUUAGUCAAUAAGAAAUAAAUAAAAUGAACCUAGUGCCUGUAUGUACAAUACAACCCAGGAACAGACCCAGUACAGAAACACAAAGAAACAACAACAACAAGGAAGAGAAUCACCUUCAAUCAAAAAUAAACAGAAAACGUUCAACAAUGAACUACAGGACAAUUCUAGACAGUAAACUACAGGACAAUACUAGACAGUAAACUACAGGACAAUACUAGAUCAUAAACUACAGGACAAUACUAGACAAUAAACUACAGGACAAUAGUAGACAAUAAACAACAGGACAAUACUAGACAAUAAACUACAGCACAAUACUAGACAAUAAACUACUGGACAAUACUAGACAAUAAACUACAGGACAAUACUAGACAAUAAACUACAGGACAAUACUAGACAGUAAACUACUGGACAAUACUAGGAUAUAAACUACAGGACACUACUCUACUGUGUCCCGAGUGGCGCAGUGGUCUAAGGCACUGCAUCGCAGCGCUAACUGUGCCACUAGAGAUCCUGGUUUGAGUCCAGGCUCUGUCGCAGCUGACUGCGACCGGGAGACCCAUGAGCGGUGCACAAUUGGUCCAAGUUAGGAGAGGGUUUGGCCGUCAGGGAUGUGGGUUCGUUUACCAUGGGGGGCCAGUGUAAAGAAAAACAUGUAUGCAUUCACUAACUGUAAGUUGCUCUGGAUAAGAGCGUCUGCUAAAUGACUAAAAUGUAAACGUACUAGACCAUAAACUACAGGACAAUCCUAGACCAUAAACUACAGGACAAUAUAUUGGCAUGGGUGUUGUUAGGCUUGAGACAAAGUUGAGGCUUGGCAAACCGUGCCAAUAUAUCCUCCAAACACCGGCUUCGAGGGCAUUAUCACUUUUAUACAAUGGGUUACCAACAUAUUCAAAUAAUGAUUGACAUAUUUUCAUUUAAAACGUUCUUUUGAUGGAUGUAUUCAUACUAUUUCAUCCUUCCACAAGAUAUAGUCCCAACACAAAUCUAGGGUUGCUACCCAAGCCGGCUGGUCAUUCGUUGUAUCGUUUCGGUUGCUAGGAAAAAUAACGUUCAGUCUUUUUGUUCGUUCUAAAUCGUUAUUUUUCCUUGCUUGCUAGCUAGCCAACUACGGCUAAUUUACAGUCAUGUCAAAAAGUGCAGCCAGAAUAACAGCAAUAUAGCUGCAUUUGCAUUUGUUUAAGCUGUUUUCUAGUGACAUUUGUUAAAUUGCGUCAAUUCAAAUCUGGUAUUGGGAACAAAAGAGGUCAAUACACGUCUUCUAAAAUAGACUAGUAUUUUAAUUAAUGCAAAACACUUCAAUGGUAAAUAUGAUGUUCGUAUAUACGGGUCCACUGAAAUACCACGCAGGGCAGACAGAGAACUGGUCCAUUGUUAUAAGUUCUUCUUUAAAUACUCUGACAGAGAUAGUUCCUGCUCCCUGCUGGCCUAUCAGAGUAGAGACUGAGCGUGGUUUAGACUUACUCAGCCUAUCGUUGGCGGACAGGCUGGUCCCAGCCCCUUGGCGCUUCACUGUUGCCAGGUGUUUAGUUGUUUUGCAACUUGUCCAGAGAGUCAGCAACCUCAGACAUCUUUGUAGCAGAACACAUGUCCUUGAGCGUUCUAACAAAGAGGCAGUGUUUGUGUCUGUGAGACACAAGUCUGUCUCGGCCUACCCCCUAACAGUUCCUCACAUGAAUCACAGCUUGUUAUGUUAAACAGUCUAUAUCAGUACAGCACAAACCUAUUAUGUUUAAUCAUUAAUGUAUUAUUUCUAAGCUAGGCAUCACAUCUAGUUAUAAGAAAAUAGAGCCCCACACAUUUAAUUGGAUACAUCCCUAACAAUGAGCUAAUGAGGUGCGAUUUCGCCUGGCAUAGAGAAUGUGCUCACUUGUCAAGGCCACUGUUGUUCAGAGGAGCUAGCCAACAACACUGCAAACACAAUCACUUCAAACUAAAUCUGGAAAGACUGCAAACUAGCUUUGUUUUGUUUUACCUGUUUUCAAUUGACAUUUCUUUGUAUGUAUCCAUAAAAAUGAUUCCAGCUGAUUCAUGAUUUCGACUGGCUGAGAAACGCUGCCUGCCUGUCUGUCUCGUCCCGACUCCCGACACGUUCAUUACUAUGGGACAGCUGGAGAUCGAAUUUCAAAAUUGAAACAAUGUUGCAAAUGUCGGCGAGAUAGACAUCUGUUGAAAACUAAAUGUUAGUCUAAAAGAAAUGUGAGAUUAUGUCUGGAUACUUUUUAUAUUAGAGAUCAAGUUUAUAAAGUGCCAUGCUGGGCUGAUGAGACAGUGGGCUGCGCAGUCAGAUGGAACAGAGUAAAUAGGUAUUUUAAAGUAAUAGAUUUAGCCGGUGGUAACUUGUGGAAUAGACACCGGCUGGAAUGCGGUUUUAACCAAUCAGCAUUCAGGAUUAGACCCACCCGUUAUAUAAUAGACAAUAAACUACAGGACAAUAGUAGACAAACUACAGGACAAUACUAGACAUUAUACAACGGGUGGGUCUAAUCCUGAAUGCUGAUUGGUUAAAACCGCAUUCCAGCCGGUGUGGGGAGAUAAAUGGACCAGAGGAGGCUGGUGGGAGGAGCUAUAGGAGGUUGGGCUCAUUGUAAUGGCUUGAAUGCAGUAGGCCAAGAGGACAUCCUCAAGGUCCGAGGACGACACUUGAGAUUUACAUGUCUCAGGCAGGGCUACCUCAUCAUGAGAGGAGGGCGUGUUUCCAAAUCACCUCCGCUACACUUGACCAACCUGUUUUGUUCUGCAGGGGAGGACAGCAUGAGGUUGGAGUUUGUGAGUAAAGGGGAGGUGAAGGUGUGUAACUGUCUGCCCUCCCGAGUGGUGAGGUGUGUGUCUGAGCUGAUAGAGUACGCUGAGGACCCAGAUGCACUGAAGACAUGGAAAGUCAUCGCCACACUGGAACAGCUACUGAAAGGUGAGAUACAUACACACAUACACACACACACACAAUCAAAAAGACACCAUUAUCAUGACCUGUGUGAUAAUGUGUAUAAUGACUCUAGGUCAUGUGAGCAGUAAGGGCGAGAUGCUGUGGAACAUGGACGCUGAGAGGUGGCAGAGAACCAGCCUGAUGGAGAGAAAGAAGUUCAUAGAGAAAGUCAGUCUGGAGCUCAUCCUCACCUCAGACAGCUGGACAAAAGACUGGGAGGACCAAAGCUGCACCUGCAACGGUAACACUGGCAUCAUAUUGCUCCAACACCAUGUUAGCCCAUUGAACUAAAGCCUACAUUCUGAGAAAAAAAGGGUUCAACAAGGAUUAUUUGGCUGUCCAUGUGGGAGAACCCUUUGAAGAACCUUUAUGGGUUCCAUGUACUGUCGAACCCCAUUAGGUUCCAUUUAUAACCUUCUGUGGAAAAGGUUCUACAUGGAACCUAAAAGGGUGUCAUGGAAAUUAUUCUACAUGAAACCCAAAAGGGAUAUUCAAAGUGUUCUCCCACAGUGACAGUCAAAGAACCCUUUAUAGGUAGGUAGGACUAUGUAGCACUUUUUUUUCUUAGAGGCAUUACCCUCUGCACCUGCAAAGGUAACACUAGCUUCCACAGUGCCACUUUUCUUAAGUGACUUUAGCUUUAUGACUCAAGACCGUGUUAGUUCACUGAGCUGAUACCUUGGAACUUAGUUUUUUUUAUAGUAGGUUUGGGCAUCUGGAUGUAAAAUGCAGUAUGGUUAUGUGGUAAUAUUGUCUUAGUGUAAGCUUAGGGGAGGCUGGUGGAGGGAGAAAUCAGAGGACGGCUUUUUGUAAUGCUUGGGAAUGGCAUGAGGAACGGUAUCAAACACGUGUUUGGUACGAUUUCUCAUUCCGUUCCAUCCAUUACAAUGAACCCAUCCUCCAAUUUUGCCCACCACCAGCACCCUGUGGUUCAGCAUCAUGUCCAGCCACCCAGUCACUUAUAGGAUACGUGCUCCUGCUGUCCGCAAUAGUGGUUACUGGCUAAGUGUGUGUGCACACGUAUCAGACAAUAGCAACCGGCAGAGAGAUACAAAUGGAAAAUUGGCUUGCAAGGUGUUAGAUUGGGGUUGGUGAGCGGGCGUACAACAAUGACUUGCAACCUGAACGUCAGGAGUUCAAAUCAGCUUCGGGUAAAUUUUGACAAAAGUGCUUUAAGUGUUUACAUUUUCUAAUUCUUGUUGCUAAUGCACAUUUUUGAUAGUACCUUCCACUGAUAACUUACCCUUAUCCCAGUCACUCAAAGUGAAUGCCUAACCUUAACCACUCAAAGUUAAUGUCUAACCUUAACCACUCAAAGCUAAUGCCUAACCUUAACCCUUACCACUCAAAGUUAAUGCCUAACCUUAACCCUAACCACUCAAAGUUAAUGUCUAACCUUAACACUAACCACUCAAAGCUAAUGCCUAACCUUAACCCUUACCACUCAAAGUUAAUGCCUAACCUUAACCCUAACCACUCAAAGUUAAUGCCUAACCUUAACCCUUACCACUCAACGUUAAUGCCUAACCUUAACCCUUACCACUCAAAGCUAAUGCCUAACCUUAACCCUUACCACUCAACGUUAAUGCCUAACCUUAACCCUAACCACUCAAAGUUAAUGCCUUAACCUUAACUAGUGAUGUUACGUUUGAUACUGGAGCUCUGAGGCAUGUAUCGAAGUAGCUAAGCAGCUAACUUUGAAGCAGUCUGCCGGUGCGUGUAUUACUUUAUCAAAAGUACGACAUCAAUGACGUCCAAAGCUUUAUUUUUAUCACAUGCUUUUUCGAACCGUGUGUUACAUGGCAGAUCCUGAGCUGAUCCUUUUUGUCUUAUCCUCUGCAGCUAAAGGGAUGGAGAAAACGAUGGAAAUGACAGCCAAGCCAGCCAUGUCAUCCAGCGAGAGAAUAAGAAACCCCGGGGUCCCCGAUAGUACUGUUCUUUUCAUUACCUUUCUAUCCACUAUGAUUGCAACGGAAAGUGUGUGUUUGUUUGUUCGUGUGUGUGUGUGUGUGUGUGUGUAUGUAUGUAUUCCGGUAAAGGAAGGAUACAGAACAGACUGCAUACUCUCUCCAUCACUGAGAUAUUUUUUGGACCAGUUAGGAAUUAUUUGACAAUUGGUGUGUGUGUCUCCCCCAGAGUUGUGGAUUGUACAUACCAUUUUCCCUCUGGUCAUAAAAUGGGAAUGGGGAACCGUGUCCAACUUCCUCUUCAAGAUCCAAGGUACAGUAACAUCAGACUUCUUCCUAACAUGAUAGCAUAACUAGUAUCAGUCAUAGCCAGGAUCUUGUGUUUCCCUCCAAAAUAGCAACUUUCUUGGUUGGUUCUCUCUCAACCACCCUCUCUACUCUCUCUCUCUACUCUCUCUCUCUCUCUCUCUCUCUCUCUCUCACUCUCUCUCUUCCCCUCUCUCUCUUCCUCUCUCUCUCCCCCCUCUCUUCCCCUCUCUCUCCCCCUCUCUCUUCCCCUCUCUCUCCCCCCCUCUCUCUACUCUCUCUCACUCUCUCUCUCUCUACCCCCCUCUCUCUACCCCUCUCUCUGUACCCCCCCUCUCUCUAUACCCCACCCUCCCCCUCUCUCGCUCUCCCUCUCUAUGCUCUCUCUCUACCCCUCUCUCUCUCGCUCUCGCUCUACCUACCUCUCUCUACCUCUCUGUACCCCCACUCGCUCUCUCUCUCUGUACAACCUCUCUCUCUCUCCACCCCCUCGUCUCCCCCCCCCCCCCCCCCCCCCCCUCUCUCUACCCCCUCUCUCUCUCUACCCUCUGUCUCUUGCUCUCUCUACCCCUCUCAAUUCAAUUUCAAUUUAAGGGCUUUAUUGGCAUGGGAAACCUAUGUUAACAUUGCCAAAGCAAGUGAAGUAGAUAAUAAACAAUAAAAAUGAAUAGUAAACAUUACACUCACAAAAGUUCCAAAAUAAUAAAGACAUUUCAAAUGUCAUAUUAUGUGCCAAUAGCUAAAGUACAAUAUGGUCAUACAUUUGGCAGGAGGUUAGGAAGUGCAGCUCAGUUUCCACCUCAUUUUGUGGGCAGUGUGCACAUAGCCUGUCUUCUCUUGAGAGCCAGGUCUGCCUACUGCGGCCUUUCUCAAUCUCAAGGCUAUGCUCACUGAGUCUGUACAUAAUUCAUAAUUCUCCCCCCCCCCCCCCUUUUCUCUACCUCCCCAGCUACUAACGUUCCGAGCCGCAUAGCGUCCAAAGAGAAGAUUCACCUGGUAGACGCUGGGUUAAAGAUCAACUCUCCCUAUCCCCCCAUCCUGCGCACAUCGAGGAAAGUCGACCUCAUCAUCUCCUUGGACUUCAGUGCGGGAGACCCCUUUCAGGCAAACACACACACACACACACACACACACACACACAAUGCUUAUUCCUAUUCAAGCCUUUCAGAAGAACAUGAAGUGCCUAGGUAGUAGUGAACCUCUGUCUCUCUCUCUCCCCUCUCUCUAGGGAGUAGGGCCUAGGGCACGUGUCAAACUCAUUCCACAGAGGGCUGAGUGUCUGCGGGUUUUCGCUCCACCCUUGUACUUGAUUGAUGCAUGAAGGUCACUAAUUAGUAAGGAACUCCCCUCACCCGGUUGUGUAGGUCUUAAUUGAAAGGAAAAAACUAAAACCAGCAGCCACUCGGCCCUCCGUGGAAUGAGUGACACCCCUGGCCUAGAAAGUAGGGACUAGGAAGUAGGGCCUAGGGAGUAGGGGCUAGGUAAUAGUGACUAGGAAGUAGGGAGUAGUGACUAGGAAGUAGGGACUAGGGGCUGGUUUGGAGAAGGACAUUGAAAUAACCAUACUACUGAUCCUGCUCCUCACAGACGGUGCGUAGUGCCAAAACGUACGCGCUUCUGCUGGAGGUCCCCUUUCCCCCAGUGAAGCAGAGUGUGUGGGAGGAGAAAGACCAUCCUGAGGACUGCUACGUUUUCGAGGGGAAAAGCCCUGAAGUGCCCACCAUCAUGCACAUGCCCCUGUUCAACCUGCAGAACUGCCAAGGUCUGUGGAAGACACUGACUCCUAUGAUGACUAUCUAUGUCUUACUUUUAUCCUUGUCUCUCUGACUACGCCCUAUUCUGAUUUAGAGCUUUUAUUUUCUGUCUUUUUCUUUUUUAUCUGCACCAAUUGUCUGCUUUUUUAUGAUGGCGUUCGUAUUUUUAUCAGGAACCCCAUUUGCUACAGCCAAAGCUGUAGCUACUCUUCCUGGGGUCCACACAAAACAUAAAAUAUGGCAUACAUAACAUUAAAAGACAAUUACAGCCGAAGGACAGAACUACUUAAAAUGACAUACAUAACAUUGAUAGACACACUUUCAUAUGAUUAUUAUGCAGCCUACACUCAUAAUAAAGAAUACACUGCAGUCCUCCAUUUUUUACAGUUACUUACUGUUACAACUGCUGGUCCUGAUCCUAAUCUCUCAGAACCAGUUGUUCUGUAAACUCUAGAGAGAAUAUCUCAACAUUACCACCUAUGUCCUUGGUUCUCCCGUCGGACAUCAAUACUAUUCAUAAAUCAUGUGAUUAAUUGAUGCUACUGAAUGCAAGCGCAACGAAAAAUGACAAUGGAAAUGCAACAAUUCCAUUCAGCUCAUAAAUGAACCAAACAAUGAGCUACAGAUGGUUUCCUCCCUGCUAAGGCUUCAAUGUAAUCAUUCACCUCAGCAACCGUGUGGGAAUUUCAUCCAGCUAAAGUACAUACAUGUUAUUCAAUCAUUGCACCCACACUGCUCGCGCAUGUCAACGAGCCUCUGCGUAGCCAGGCGCUAAAAUAGAACAUGGUUAUAUGUGUGACACUCAACACGCCGCAAGUCCUGCCUCUCCCAUGAGGAGAUGGGAGAGGCGGGACUUGCAGCGCAUCGAUCAUCACAAAUAGAACCAAGUUCUAUUUUAGCGCCUGGCUACUCAGACGCUCGUUGACGUGCGCGAGCAGUGUGUGUGCAAUGAUUGAAUAACAUGUAUGUGUAAAUGUAUUUUGCAAGGAUAACAGUCACACAGUGGCGGAAUAAAUUCAACUACACAUACUUUGUUUAGUCACAAAACUGUCCACAAAGCCAAUAUUGCAUGUAACAAACAGUUAUCACCUGCAGCAUGGUCAAACAAGUUGUUUUCGACAGUUUACUAAACAACUACUGAUUUUUACAAGUCAACACAAAGACAACAGGAGCACUGCCUCCGCUAUUCCAGCACCAUUUCAACUUAAAUAUUGAAUCAUCAUCAAGGCUAUAUAUGCUUAGUUUAAUACACUGAAAACAAACUUAAAGAUAACAAAAACAAUGUAGUCCAAUGUUGCUAAAUAUCAUGUGGCUGUCCAUGGUACUGAUUUGUCGCUGUGUGUGUGCGCUUUAGGCUCGGGGGUGUUUUAGAUUUAUUUUUGCUAUUUUCACAACCAAAAAUUAUCAGCGUUGGCGCAAAAGGACUGGGUUUUGAUUAAUAACUUGUUUAUUGUUUAUUCAUCAAAACCAAGUCCUUUUGCGCCAACGCCAUCAGUGUGCUGAUAAUUGACGAGGCGUGGCCUCUCACUGGCCAAUCAAAACUUGCCCCACCGCGAAAUAUGUGGUUGCUUCAAAUUGUGUAUUUAAGGUAUUUUAUGUAUUGCCCUGGAGUCAACUCCAAUUCCAAUAUUAGUCCGUUAUAGUAUGUUAAAUGGCUUACAAAAACGAAAUAACAAAAGUAGACAUAUCUUUGCUAAAUACAUUAACUUGAACCCAUUUGCAGUCCACAUUGUUCAAAGUAAUUGCAUGGCUUCAAUAGCAUUCACACUGAUAUAGGGGCUAGGCCUACUGUAAAUUGCAUUAUGGCUGAGCAUGGACAUGCCAAACAUUGUCAAUAAGCAAAAUUAAAUUCAUUAUUGAUAAGGCCUAAAAAGAGAACGAAUAAUUCUAAACAAAACAACUUGUUUUAAAUAGGGUACCAUAAUUUCUCCCUGUGGGUAUAUACUAUUAAAACAACGCAGACUAUGGAGGGUUUUACGCACAUCCAAACUUUUCACAGUAGCUGGACAAAGAUCCAAUAUAAAGAGAAAUGGAGAAUGUCCACUCACCGUUAUACUGCUCCCAAAUAUGACUAUUUAUUAUGAACAUAAAUCGGAAUCAUCUUACAGAUCAGAUCGCAGUUGUAUUGCAAGUGCGCCACAUACGUUGUAACCGUAAAACCAGGAAGGUGAAUCAUUCUAAUAAGAUUUUGUUUUUCGUUUAAUUUCAUUACAACCAUUUUUAAAAUGUAAUCGGCAGGAUAAAAAAAAAGACACUCAUUGCUGUUGAACCAGCCUUCGUUAUAGUAGGCCUAGGGGAGGGCUUGGGUUUUGAACAUAUGAAACGGAAAACAUGCAGUUGUUACAGGUUACAGAUAACUUCUAAAUAUGAGGUUCACGAGUGUUCACCGAAGUUCUCAUCUCUCGUUUCAUGAUGGGAAUGGACACGUAGGUUUUUACGCACGUCCAAACGGGACCUCAUGGCUAAAAGAAUAUGGGCCUGCCUACAAUGCAUACAUAAGGGAAUGCCAGCUCACUGUUUUACUCCUCUGGAAAUUCCUAUUUUAAUAACGUUUUGGGGAUUACGAUUUAUUUCCAAGCUGUCUCAAGAGCCAAACCCUUUAUUGACAGUCUUGACUACUUUGCGAUUGCUCUUGUUCCAUGCGCAUAUGGGAAGUGUGUGUCACGCCAAAAAACAGCUUUUGGUUAGUCUUAAAUAUCCCUAUCAGAGAUGCCUGAAAUUAGCACUUUGGAUCAUGUUUUUAAGAACACACCUCAAAUAUUAUCACUUUGAGCGCAAGCAAACUGAUAUAAGACGGGUAAAUGGCCGAACCUGGCGUUAGGGCUGGGAAAUGCCAGUGGGUCCGUUUUUACAUGACGAAAUUGCAAACUCAGUGCAUUUGACACUAGUGCCGCCUUAACCACCCAGCUGUAAACAGAGCCCUCUGUGUUCUAGGUCUGUGUUCUAUAUGUUCAAAGUUGUGUUGUAAGGUUCUGUGUUCUCUUCCUAGACGAGGAGGAGAUUAAGAAGGAGAGGGAGAAGUACACAACGUUCCACCAGCACUACGAUGCGUCUGAGAUCCAACACAUCAUGGAGAAGGCCAAGGACAACUUGAAGAACAACAAAAACAGGAUCCUGGAACAGAUUUUUAUGGCUGUCAAACGCAGAAAGAAUCGCAUGUCAGUGGCUCAAUAGUCUUUAUCUGUGGUGUAAAGUACUACUUAAGUAUUUUUUGAGAGUAUCUUUACUUUACUAUUGAUAUUU